AUGUUUCGACCUAAUAUCUAUCUAUCUAUCUAUCUAUCUAUCUAUCUAUCUAUCUAUCUAUCUAUCUAUCUCAGCCUGCUAAUAUAUAUAUAUAUUGGUUUCUAUCUAUCUAUCUAUCUAUCUAUCUAUCUAUCUAUCUAUCUCAGCCUGUUAAUAUUUCCCUCUCUCUCUAUCUCUCUCUCUAUCUAUCACAGUCUGUUAAAAUAUAUCUCUAGAGGUUUUUAUCUAUCUAUCUAUCUAUCUAUCUAUCUAUCUAUCUAUCUAUCUAUCUAUCUAUCUCAAGCUUGUUUUUAUCUAUCUAUCUAUCUAUCUAUCUAUCUAUCUAUCUAUCCCUGUUCACCUAUCUCUCUCUUUCUCUCUUCUGCUUUCUCUCUCUCUCUAUCUGAGUCUGUUCACCUCUUCCUCUUCUUUUCUCUCUAUCUAUCCAAUUCUGUUCAUAUCUCUCCCCCUCUCCCUAUCUAUCUCAGUGCUCACAACGUUCUCUCUCUAUCCAUCUCAAUAUUCCGUUCAUAUCUAUCUAUCUAUCUAGCUACCUAUCUCAGAUCUCACAACGUCCUCUCUCUCUAUCCAUCCCAGGCGGGAUGUGGCGAUUCACUCACUGCUGUACAUACACUCACACAUGAUCGAUGCAAGUGUCUUGUGCCCCCGAGUCUAUGA